AUGCAAGAAUUGCGAGAUUCUCCAAAUGAAUAUCUUUGGAGAAGAUUAGAAGCUCUUGUUGAGUGCAUGUUUUCGGAGACCCAUGGUAUUCCUAUUCGCAAUGUAAAAAACUUUUUGUCUGUGAUUCCUAGCGUCUUCUCUGGAAGUGACAUAGUUUUGUGGUUCAUGGUCCACGCGGGGGCUGAUGAUGUAGCUGAAGCUGUGCACCUAGCUAGUCGAAUUGCAGCUUAUGGUUAUCUCUUUCCAAUAGCUGCUAUGGAUCACGCGAUGGCUGUUCGCAACGAUAGCCACACCUAUUAUCGUUUCCAAACACCCUGCCUUUACCCCUCUCGUUGUUCACAACAUGAAACAGACACUACUGUUGACUAUGCUGUCUACCUUUGCAAGCGAACAAUGCAGAAUAAGCACCGCCUUGAGUUGGCCGAUUUUGAAGCUGAAAGAUUGGCCAGUCUGCAAAGUCUUUACUACCACAAAUGGGAGUUUAUCUACAUGCAGGCUGAAGCAGAAAUGAAAGUGGAUAAGAAGCGAGAUAAAUUGGAGAGAAUUGUCCUGGAGUCACAGGAGGCCGCCUUUUGGGAUGUCCAUAGACCAGCCCCGGGUUGCGUUAAUACAACUGAGGUAGACAUGCGCAAACUCUGUCGCGCUAAGAGACCCAAAAAGACUGGUCUCGCUGCUGGCCGUUUACACCCAAUAACUUUCCCAAUUCCUGUCUCUGCUGGCACCGCGGGGAACCUGCUUUUCUCCGUUCUUGAGGGCCUCUCUCCUGCUGAAAAGGUGACAAAGCUGAAGGCAUCCGAACACAAGAGAAUCAAGGCAUCGAAAGCCAUUGAAAAUCUCCAAAACUAUUGUGAUCAGUACGUGGACUUCGAUAUGUUGUUAAUGUGUGCGACAUCCUCAACAUCAUCUGGUUAUGAUGGCAGCGGUGGUGGUGGUGGUUCAGUUGGACUCGGUGGUUCUUCCAGGACUGGAGGAGGCCCUGAGAAUCCAGCUUCAUCAACUGGAGCAUCCUCGGUUGGAUCUACGAUGCACCAUUUACUCCUUCCGAGGAAACCUAGUGCUGGAGUGAAUGUCACUCAUGGAGCUGUUGUGAAUUUGAUUCUUGGACCACCUCCGGGAUCUACUGUGUCUGCUCUUACUGGUGAUGUUCAAACGGAAGUAGUGGGACAAAGCAAUCCUUGGCUAGCAGACAAUGCCACAGCGGCGGCGGAGAAUUACUGGGGCUCUGUCUCGGCCGGUCUUGGCAUCACGACAUUGACUCUUGGUGGUAGUGGAUCCAACGUUCAAAUGGGAGAGCUCUCGGUUUCCCGUGUCAAACGCUGGUCAUUCUCCUUCCAGGAACUCCUGAAGGACCCCUUGGGACGUGCUAAGUUUCAAUGCUGGCUUGAAAAGGAAUUCGCCGCUGAAAAUCUCAUGUUCUGGCAGGAGUGUCAAGACCUGAAGAGUGCGCCGCUGCGGGAAUUGCCCCAACGAAUUCAAUCGAUCUAUUCACAGUACCUUUCUCUGACUGCCCCUGAGCCAGUAAACGUUGACAGCAAAGUUCGUGAAGCCGUCUUUCGCCGAUUGGGCCUCCUUCGCUUACUCCCCUCGAUAAGUCAAGACAUCGAACCAGGAAUAGAGCCCCUGGUAGACGGUUCCCUUCUGGAACCUUCUUCUUUGAGCGCUACUGACACCACCUCAAAAACAGCCUCAGUUGCAAAAGUAGUUGGCGUAGGAGCCUCACACUCGGAUCGCUACUGCUUUGAAGAAGCCGAGGAGCAGAUAUUCCAGCUGAUGAAAUCUGCCUCUUACUGUCGGUUUUUGAGAUCAGACAUCUAUCGAGAGCUGUUCGCCAACUCGGCGACCAAAAAGAAACAAUCUAAAAAACACCGUGUGACUGUUACUGGUUCGAGUGGUGGCAAUAUCGCACUUGCUGGAAACGAUUGA